ACUGACUCCCUCACCCACACCACCUCCUUCCUCACAGUCUCUUCCCCGUGACCCCCCAACCAUUCCCAGGCACCAUCGUCAAUAUAUAAGGGAGACACAGCCGACAACAGUCAGUUGGUUUCUCUUCUUCAGUGCUUAACCUCAGAAUUACCAGGAUGGCCCACGUUGUUCUGGUCGUACUUUUAGCAGUGACUGGCGGAUGCUUGUCUGCCAAGUUGCCCACCAUCCCCGGCAUACCACCAGGCGGUCGCCAGCUCUUUUCUGACAAUCGGCAGCAACGCCUACAGCCCCUGCCCAACACGGAAAAUCUGCUGGGCAGCUACCUGCCUCCUGUUCCGGAACCUUGUGUCCCUCGGACAAGUACACUGUACUCGACUGUCAUCAGGACAUCUGUUCAAGAUGUUGGCUCCACAAGCUUCGUAACCCAAAUUGUUACCAGGGAUGUCACUUCCACAGUACGUGAGCCAACAACUGUCUACACAACACUGGUUUCAACUGUUACCGGGGGUGGUGUCAUUCAAUCGACUGUUUUUACCACCACCUCAAGAACCAGAGUAGAGACAGGUGUCACUACACUAACAGGAAGAACAGAAGUAGUAACCCUGACGGCUACACAGAGAGCAAGCUCAGUUCAGUACACCACAAUCAUUAGUACCGUCGUCACCACAGUUGGGCAGACAAUCACCAGUACUGCGGUAUCCACAAGGCUUGUUCCAACGACCUACACUCGCACUGAGGGAAGCGUAAGGACAGUGACUGUAACUAGAACAGAACCAGCGGUAACAACCACUCGUUACGAGACUAUUCAAGUAACAAAUACUAUUACCCAAACCAGACCUGGCUCGACUGUUGUCAGCACACGGACGCAAUACAACACCAAUGUAGUCACACAAACAACCACUCUACCGGCUGUCACUUCUACCGUUGUCAACACAAUGAUGAACACUGUAAGAAGCACAGUUCUCAGCACACUGAUUAAUACACGGGUCAGCACUCAGGAAGUAGUACGUACACAGGUUGUGACCAGAACAGACGCACGGGAGGUCACGCGCGGUGUCACAUCUACUGUUGUGCAGACACGGGAUGCUUUCACCACUUUCACAGACAUCAGGUACAGCACCAUAGUGGUACCAUCUGUCAUCACAAGAGUGGAGGUUGUUACCUCCACUGUCACAGCUGGCCUCCCAUCCACUGUUGUUGUGACCCGCGCAAACACUAGGACAACUACUAUUGGAGGAAGGACGAUAACCUCGGAGGUUGUGAGCACGGUCUACCGAACUGAAGCUUCCACAACCACUCUGAUCGGUGGCGACCGAACAGUAACGGUCACUCAGACAACAACUGUCCCUUGUGCUGCCGGAGGAUACCGCUACGACGAACCCAAAACUCCCUUCAACAUUGGUUAAUUUAAUACGUCUCUUAACUGCUACAGCAAAGAAUUGACGAUUCCCUAACUCAUUAAUCUAAUAACAAGUCUUACUUCAUGAUAAAUUUCUAAAGAUUACUUGCGAAAUAUAAGUGAAAAAAAAAAUCAAACAUGUUUUGCUAAAUAAAACCUCAUAUUUCUAUUCAAACUUACGAACUUCCUAUAGUGGUACUUUUUAAAGGAAUAAUUCUACGUUGCCCCUCAAAUGAACCUUCUCGGUAUCUACCUUUUGUAAAAAGCACCUUUCUACACUGAAUAGUAGUGAACACGAUAAUAAAUACCUAAGUUUUUCAAUGAUAAUCUCUUCAAAUUUUUUGUAGUAAUGUCGAUAUUGCUAAGCUAAAGAUUGAUUCCAGCAGUUAUUCCUUCUGUCACAAUUAUGAGUACUAUGUCACUGCAAAUUUUAUUUUCUGAAGCGAAAUGCCUAAGCAUGCAGGAACUCGAACUUUAUACAGAAUAAAAGAUUAAAGUAUACAAA